ACUAAUGACAGCUAUAAGAUGGAUACGAUAGCAGGAUAUGGCAGUAGCAGCGACAGUGAACCAGAACCCACAGUUUCAUACGGAGCUAUUGCUAGUUUUAAGAACAAAAUGAGGAUCCUAAACAGCACCCCAGUAGUAGCCGAGAGAGAUGAGAUAAAACCGUACGACUUCAUCGCCGCAGACGCUAAAGUAGUAGUCUACAACCCCACGGUUGAGCAGAUGUACGCUCCCCAGCUUGGACCCUCUAACCCCUUCAAGACGCAGCAAGCUGCUGCUCAGAAGAACAUGUUCUGUGGUUUUGUUGAACAGACUGGGGUAUCAGAAUUCCAGUUUGACGCCCAGCGCAAGACAUUCCACACCCAAGGUUAUGCAGAAGAUCCCACAGCGUACGCACAAACUGUUGGAACAAGGUUUGUGGGUGAGGUGGAGAAAGCUGCAGAGAAUGAGGGGCGGACGGUGUUUGAGGAUGAUAAGGAGAAACCUAAGAAACGGAAGAGGGAACACUUUGGGGAUCCUAGUGACCCUGAAGGAUACAAAGGACCGUGGGCAGAAUACACAGACGAAGUUAAAAGUAGCGGACCCUCAGAAGAGCAACGUGCCACACUUGACGAAUGGGCUGCUCGCAAGGAACCCAAAGCCAACGCCAAACCAGACGAGAACGAGAAAUCGAUCCUCCAUAUUGAAGAUACCCACGAUUACCAAGGCAGAUCCUUCCUGGUGGCUCCCAAAGAUAUCGAAGUUAACCUCUACAACACGGAACCUCCAGAGAAGUGCUUCCUCCCCAAGAAACUCCUCCACACCUGGGACGCGCACAACAAGGGCGUGUCUAAAGUCAUUCUCUUCCCUAAAACUGGACAUCUCAUGUUGUCCUGUGGUAUGGAUUCUAAGAUAAAGCUGUGGGAGUUGUACGGCAAGAGAAGGUGUAUCAGAACGUAUGCUGGUCACGCUAAAGCAGUCCGUGACAUAGUGUUCAGUAACGAUGGCAGCAAGUUCUUGUCAGCUUCCUACGACAGGAUGAUAAAACUGUGGGACACAGAAACUGGGGCAUGUUUGUCCAGGUUCACCACCAAGAAGAUUCCGUACUGUGUACAGUUCCAUCCGGAUGACGAUAAGCAGCAUUGCUUUGUGUCCGGCAUGGCUGAUAAGAAGAUUGUAGGAUGGGACAUUAACACAGGGGAGAUAACCCAGGAGUAUGAUCGGCACUUGGGUGCGGUUAAUACCAUCACUUUUAUCGAACGAAAUAUCAGUUUUGUGUCGACAUCAGAUGACAAGAGUCUCAGAGUAUGGGAUUGGGAUAUCCCUGUUGACCGGAAGCACAUUGCUGAUCCCUCAAUGCACGCUAUCCCCUCAGUUUCCCUCAGUAUGUCCGGCAAAUGGCUCGCCUGUCAGAGCAUGGACAACAAAAUCACAAUAUUUGCCACUCAGAAACUGAGACUGAACAGAAAGAAAGUGUUCAAAGGUCACAUGGUAGCGGGUUAUGCGUGUCAGUGUAACUUCUCGCCCGAUAAUUCCUACCUGAUAUCCGGGGACGCUGAUGGCCGGUGUUUUAUUUGGGACUGGAAAACUACGAAGGUUUACAAGCGCUUUAAAGCGCACGAGGGAGUGUGCAUUGGGGCUGUCUGGUUACCUCAUGAAACAUCUAAAGUCGUGACUUGUGGGUGGGAUGGCAAGAUUAAGUUGUGGGAUUAAGAAAAUUGUGAAACGCUAUUAAAGAAUUAACUGAGUACUUUGGCAGUGAUAUUGUGAUGUUGAGUCAUGAAGUUAUCAGAAAAUGGUGAUCCAGCAAGAGAAAUGAGAUUACAGAAAUUAAAGGCAACGAAGAUGCUCUAUUUUUAAUCUGAAUUUGAUAUUGUUUUAAGUUUUAACCUAUAGUUUUGAA